CUUCGGGCGGCCGGCGGGGCGGCGCGGCUGAGCCCGUAAGCCCAUGAGCCCGGCGCGGCGGCGGCAGGACGGGGCCGGGGGGCGGCCCCUCCCAGGACCGGAGCGGCCGGACGCGCACCGCGAGCCCGCGGCGGGGUGGAAAGGCAGCGGCAGUGCUUCGAGGUCACCAAUAAAUGCCGGAGAGCGCCUCGGAAGGAGCCGCGAGGGAUUCGUCCCGGCGCCGCUAAAGCUCUCCCGUAUCCUCCGAUGUCCUUUGAAGUAACGGGCGGCGACGGCGGCGAGCGCCCGGAGCCGCGGCGCGGCCCCGCUGAGAUGUCCGCGCCUCUGCUGGACUUCGGCCCCAAGCGGCCCAGCAUCUUCGAGCGGGUCCCGGCGCUGCCCCGGGCUCAGGAGCUGCGGUGCGGCCGCGGCGCCAAGGACUGCGUGCAGCAGCAGCGGCUGCAGAGCGGGAGGGUUAAUGGUGGCUACAGUCAUUGUAACUUGAUCUCCGAGAAGAAGAACAUGAUGGACGUGGAGAUGACGAGUAGCUCUGUACCAGUGUGCAGACAAGGGCUGUUCAUCCACACAGGAAACCCACUUAUGCGAGACCACCCACUGUCCUGUGAGAGAUUACUUCACGUCGGUCAGCUGAACCUGACACACUCUGAUCUAAGGUCACCCAGGUUUCAAGACUCAGUAGAUUCUGCUGCUCCAUGCCUGAAUGGAAGUCACCCGGCUCAGCACAUUAAACAAGAAUGCCCCGGUGAUUAUAAGGCUCUGUCUGAGGCUUCCAUGCACAGAAGGAUUACGGAGGGGAUGGAGCUGAGAGCCUCUGGUAGUCUGCAUCCCGAAAUAGACCUAAUGAAUAAUAGCUUCACAAAUUCACUUUCUUCCUACUUGUUUAAUAAUGAACACAGCUCCUCCCCGAGUCCGUUGUCACUUGGCACCCCUCAGCACUCAGCUAGGCUACAAGCAAGCAACCUGAAGAAGAGAUGCAUCUCUGUUGUGCCGUCUUCAGCCGAAGGAAUUGAUAUUGCAGCUAUCAUCCGCACAUCACAGACGUCACUGGUCACCUGUGUGAAUGGACUGCGAACUAAUUCAGCUGGCAUUUCCUCUCAUCCCGUGGAGAUCAGUCAUCACAGUGCUCAGAAAUCCUCUCGGCCCCAGUCUUGCUCUCAGCCUGGAAACUCUUGCAGUGUUCCCUCCCCUCCGGCAUGCCUUGUACCUAUUUCUGCUGAGUGUGACAGAGGUGACUGUGAGCAGAUACAAAUGCAGCAAGUCGAGGAGAAUGGAAGUCUCAGCCUUAUGAUGAAUGGUACUAGCAUUCCUCAUCAAAACACCUCCCACAGCACACAGAAGGUGAGUUUCCUAAAACAAGAACCAGCUGACGAUUAUUCCUCCACCACUGAUCUUUUCCGACAUCAUCAAGGGCUGCCUCCCCCUUACCAUCUACACCAGCAGCUGAGCCAGACCCAAGGGACGCUGCCUCACUUACAUGCCUCUAUGUCUCCGAAAUCCCUUCAGCCCAGUGAGGGGGAUGAGCAGGACCUCGGCAAUGGCAAACAGGUCUGUCGGUGGAUUGACUGCAGUGCCACUUACGACCAACAAGAUGAACUGGUCAGACACAUAGAAAAGACCCACAUUGACCAGCGGAAGGGAGAGGACUUCACUUGCUUUUGGGCAGGCUGCGUCCGCCGCUAUAAACCCUUCAAUGCUCGUUACAAACUGCUGAUUCACAUGAGGGUUCAUUCUGGAGAAAAACCAAACAAGUGCAUGUUCGAAGGGUGCAACAAGGCAUUUUCUAGGCUUGAGAACCUUAAGAUUCACCUCCGAAGUCAUACUGGGGAGAAGCCGUACCUGUGUCAGCAUCCAGGCUGCCAGAAAGCCUUCAGCAACUCCAGUGACCGGGCAAAGCAUCAGCGAACGCACCUGGACACUAAACCGUAUGCCUGUCAGAUUCCUGGCUGCUCCAAACGCUACACCGACCCCAGCUCUCUGCGCAAGCAUGUGAAAGCUCAUUCAGCCAAAGAACAGCAGGUGCGUAAGAAGCUAAAUUCAUGUACUGAUAUCGAACAGGAUGUACUCAGUGAGUGCUUAGCUAUACAACAACUCCACACAUCUUCACAACACAUUUUGGAUGGGAAAUGUGGUAGAUCUGUAGGUCAUCAUGACUUAAUCACAGGCAUGUACAGUGGUUCCAGCGCAAACCACAAUGGUCCCUCACCAGGUAUACUGCCUCAUGACAUCCCUUCAAGACAUCAUCCUCUUGACUCUGCCCUUUCCAGUCCGCAUCACCAUCAGUCGUCAUUGGAGAGUGCCAGGGAAGGGCUGGCUCCCAACAUAAUCUCUCCACUUGUCAGCCCCCUGAAAUCAUUAGUUCCACCUUCCCUACUGCAGAAACACAGCUCUCCAUCAUCGCACAGCCAAUCACCAAAUGGGCAGCAGUUUUCUGGAAUACCAAAUAAACCGUACGCUCAAUUUCAAAAUCAGUCUGUACAGCAGGGAUCUCAAGGUUACCAAGGCAGCUUUCACUCAAUACAAAACUGUUUCCACUAUGGAGACUGCUACAGAACAAUGGACCAGUCUGUCACCAGUGAUGUGCUAACAGGGGAAUCCCAUUGCUUUAAUCCUCUGAGGCAUAAUGGCUAUCACAUACUCAGUGCACCUUUAGCUUCAACAGGCUAUGAUGCAGUCUCUGAAGCACAGUGUGUAUCUGAAGACAUGGUCUCCAAUGGAACCGAUGAGAAUGGAUUUUUCCAAAAUGGCGCCUUUGAUCACUGCUUGAAUCACAUUCCUCCCAUCUAUACAGAUACCUAAGAGCAGUGUUGACCUUACUUCCUUUACUAUACCUAUAACUGCGUAUGUAAUAACAAAGGUGUUCAAGUACUUUUAUUUAGUCUGUAUCCCUAUACGUGCUCAUUUAAAUAAACACCUCACAUUUACCAAACCAUUUUAUACACAAAUAGCCUGUGUAAGAUAAUAUUGGAACCUGUUCCUUGGCUGUGGCACUUUGAAAUUCAUGCUUUAAGGGAAUGAGGAGCAUUUCAAGCCGCUUGUUUUGUAAGUUCUCUUGAUAAAGUGUAAAUGUAAGUUAUAUAAUAAACUUGUAAAGAGGGUUUUUUUCCCUGAAAAGUAUGUUUCCAUUUGAGAAUGUCACUCCCUUUAAUCAGUUUUUUUCUUAAAUCACUGGUCAAUUCUUCUCUUUUUUUUUAAUAACUAAAAGGAUUCUUUUUUUAAUCCCUGACCUCAUGUAUAUAAAAUUUUCAUUUGCUCAGCUUGUUUUAUAUGUUCAAUUUUACAAGAAAGCAUUAAAAACUGGAAACAAGUGUACUGUCAUUUCUUAAAAUCAUCGGUUUGCCUGGUGAGUCCUGAUGAACUAAACACAGCUACACUGUGUUCACUCCCAACUUGUGGCAGCACAGGUGUGUUUAAAGCGAGCUCCUGGAAAUGUCCCUGGUU